AUGGAAGCUAUCAACGGUCAUAACAAGGCCUGCUGCAACGUUCCACCUGUUGUCUGCUCUGGCUAUGUGGCCAAAGGCUCGUACAGCCAGCUCGGAGGAUUGAAGACUUAUGCAAUCGGGCCCGAGAACGCUACUAAGGGAAUUGUAAUCAUUUCCGACAUCUUCGGAUAUUCCGACCAGGCGCUUCAGGGUGCCGAUAUCCUCGCGACCAGUCAUCGUCACCAGCAUAAGGUUUUCAUUCCGGAUUGGUUUGACAGCAGCCCCUGUCCCCCGGAAUGGUUCUCACCUAAUACCGAGCAAAAGCAAAAGGAUUUAGGUGCAUGGUUUGGUACUGCCGCUGCUUUGCCCCAAUAUGUUGCGGCCCUCAAGGCUGCCAACCCAUCCAUUGAGUCGUGGGCUCUUGUUGGCUUCUGCUGGGGUGGUAAAGUUGCCGAAAUAAUCACCUCCAACGAAGAAAUCCCCUUCGCGAUUGCUGCUAUCUGCCACCCUGCUAUGAUCGACCCAUCUGAGGCAGAAAAUAUCUCGAUUCCAUUCAUGCUUCUGGCAGCUAGUAAAGACCCUACUGAAGAUAUGAAGAAGUUUAAGAGUCAGUUGAAGAUACCCCAUCACAUAGAGAUCUUUACAGACCAAGUCCAUGAUUGGAUGGCGGCUCGGACUAAUUUAUCUAACUCUCAUAUUCGUAACGAAUAUACCCGUAGAUACAAGACCGUUUCGGACGUUUUCGAGAAGCACUAG